UGGUAAUCCAUGACUUAUAGGACGAAUUUGGAUGUUAGAUACUCAAAACGAUAAUCAAACAAAAUUCAAAACUUAAGAGGAUAUCAUCAUAUCGCAGAUUUUUGUAAAAAAAAUGAAAGGAAUAUUUUCAAACAACCAUGUUGGAUUUAGUUGGAUAUUUUUGACGUUGGUUAUUAUUUGCACUGGGAAUGUGAUUAAUUUGAUCGAAGGAGAAGAUGCUCAUUUAACUUUUAAAUAUGACUGUAACUGCACUGAAGUAACCUUAAGACACGGAUAUAAAAGUCCUUUCUACAGAUCGCCAAAUCCUGCAUCCAUCCCUUUGGCCACCUAUCCUCAAAGUAGAUUCACUAUAGAGAACAAUGUCACAACUGAUCGGUGUUCAAUUCAUCUGAAGAUCACUCCGGUUCGUAGAAAUGAUGCAGGAACUUAUAUCGCCCAAGUAUACAAGGAUGGUGGUGGUUUACCUGAUAUGAAAAGGAUUGGAAUGAAUGUUGUUUAUCCUCCUGAUAAGGCAUCUUGUGAACGUAGAGAAGAGUCUUCUGUUCGAGGUUGGCAUUUAUUGCACUGUACGGCUUCAGCUGGCACUAUGUCAGGACUCUUUGAAUGCUACCAGAGGGGUGAAAGACUACCCCCUUAUAGCGCACCUAUCAAGGAUCACCUACUGGAACAAACCUUUUGGUUUAGACUGUCGUCUCCUGUGUUUUGUUGUUCAUCCGCUGUGGAGCUACGAAAAGACCAGUGUAAAUGUGAUGAUUUUGUCUGGAUGCCCACGAAUUUUACAAGAUCAAACAGACAUAUCAUCAAACCCUGUCAACCAACAACUCAUGCUGAUAGGCAUUUAGAAUUUACCACUCCCCACGUCCCUUCUUUGCUUGAUGUGUUUGACCUUGCAGUGAAGAUGCCAACGACUCAAAACUUUGGAGGAAACAAGUGUUCAAGUUCUCCUGAUCUAUCAUCGGAAACUGUUUCAUUGGUGUCACUAAAAACUGGAGUACCGCAGGUUUUGAAAUGGAUUUAUAUGAUAUUUGCCGGUACGUGUAUCAUGGUAGUCCUCUGUUUCGUUACCUGUAUAAAAGUUUACUUCGGUCUAAAAACUGAAGGUGUAAAGAGUGCAUCAACUGCGUAAUAUGGUGGAAGGGGGGGGGGGGUGAUAAAGGUUAGUGUGCGAGGGGCUGGUCCUCUGCGUGUCACGUUCAAAUUGAUACACAAUAAGACAAAGUA